UAAUAUUUCCCAAAAAUUGAAUGUCAGGGUUAGGGUUUACCAGAUUCACCCGCGCUUUCGAGCUCUCCACCAUUUCACCAUGUCAAAUCUAGAUUUUUCCGCAAUCGUAACGCUAUAACUUAUCCAUCUCCGUAAGUUCUUAUUCUCUCCGCUGCCAUGUCAAUCUCACAGGAACUUUAUCCAAGUCAAGACGACCUACUUUACGAGGAAGAGCUACUCCGCAAUCCCUUCAGCCUGAAGCUAUGGUGGCGUUAUUUAAUUGCUCGCGCCGAAUCUCCGUUCAAAAAGAGGUCCAUUAUUUAUGAAAGGGCAGUGAAAGCACUACCGGGCAGCUACAAGCUGUGGCACGCGUAUCUCCGGGAACGCCUUGAGAUUGUACGAAAUCUGCCCAUCACUCAUUCGCAAUACCAAGCUCUUAAUAACACUUUUGAGCGUGCCUUGGUUACAAUGCACAAGAUGCCUCGCAUUUGGAUCAUGUACUUGCAGUCCUUGACCCAGCAGAAAUUGAUUACGAAAGCGCGGAGAGCUUUUGAUCGGGCUCUAUGUGCGCUUCCGGUUACUCAGCACGAUCGGAUUUGGGAACAUUACUUGAUUUUUGUGUCACAGAAGGGAGUACCCAUAGAGACGUCGUUGAGAGUUUAUAGGAGAUAUUUGAAAUAUGAUCCCAGCCAUAUCGAGGACUUUAUUGAGUUUUUGGUUAUUUCAGAGUUGUGGCAGGAGGCUGCGGAGAGGUUGGCAGGUGUUUUGAAUGAUGAUCAGUUUUAUUCAAUAAAAGGCAAGACGAAGCAUAGUUUGUGGUUGGAGUUGUGCGACUUGUUGACACAGCACGCAAAGGAGAUACAUGGGUUGAAUGUGGAUGCAAUAAUUAGGGGAGGGAUUAGGAAGUUCACUGAUGAGGUAGGGAGGCUCUGGACGUCCUUGGCAGAUUAUUAUAUAAGGCGGGGUUUGAUGGAGAAGGCGCGAGAUAUUUUUGAGGAAGGGAUGACAACUGUGGUGACAGUAAGGGAUUUUAGCGUUAUUUUUGACUCUUACUCGCAGUUUGAGGAGAGUAUGUUGUCCGUUAAAAUGGAUAUGAUGAGUGAUAGCGAUGUUGAGAACGAUGACGAGGCAGAAGAGGAGGAUGAGAGUGAGGAUGAUGAUAGGUUGAAUAUAGCGAAGUUGGAAAAGAGGAUCAAGAACUUCUGGUUGAAGGAUGAGAAUGAUGUGGAUUUGAGGUUGGCGAAGUUGGAAUACUUAAUGGAUAGAAGGCCUGAGUUGGCCAACAGCGUGCUUUUGAGGCAGAAUCCACACAAUGUGGAGCAGUGGCAUAGGCGAGUUAAGCUUUUUGAGGGAAAUCCCACGAAGCAGAUAUUGACCUACACAGAAGCAGUGAGAACAGUGGACCCAAUGAAGGCGGUGGGGAAGUCUCAUACUUUGUGGGUUGCAUUUGCAAAGCUGUAUGAAAGUCACAGAGAUGUUGCAAAUGCCCGGGUAAUAUUUGACAAAGCAGUGCAGGUCAAUUAUAAGGCUGUAGACCAUCUGGCAAGUGUUUGGUGUGAAUGGGCUGAGAUGGAGCUAAGGCAUAAGAAUUUCAAGGGUGCUCUGGAGCUGAUGAGGCGUGCUACUGCAGAGCCAUCCGUUGAGGUCAAACGCAGAGGUAAUUUUCUCCUUUCUUCUCACAUGAUGUUUUCUCUGUAUGGCACGCUGCUUUUGGUGCUAGUUGCUUGGUAAAUAUGUAACACUUGAUUGGAAUUGUAUUAAAUAAUAAGAAAAUUGGUGGCGGUUAAAUUGAGGAAUGUAAUCUGGUACCUUUCAAAGUUUGUUAAAAGAUAUGGGAAGUCAAAAUUAGAGCGGGCUCGAGAGUUAUUUGAGCAUGCUGUUGAGAUGGCCCCAGCAGAUGCUGUGAAACCUCUAUAUCUCCAGUAUGCAAAGUUAGAGGAAGACUAUGGUCUGGCGAAACGAGCUAUGCGUGUAUAUAAUCAAGCAACAAAGGCUGUCCCACCCAAUGAAAAAUUGGGCAUGUAUGAAAUUUACAUUGCACGGGCUGCUGAAAUUUUUGGUGUUCCAAAGACUAGAGAAAUAUACGAACAGGCAAUUGAAUCCGGUCUGCCAGACAAGGUUGUCAAGACAAUGUGUCUGAAGUACGCUGAACUUGAGAAGAGCCUUGGAGAAAUUGAUCGUGCUCGAGCAUUAUAUAAACAUUCAUCGCAAUUUGCAGAUCCUAGAUCCGACCCUGAUUUCUGGAGUAAAUGGCAUGAGUUUGAGGUGCAGCAUGGAAAUGAAGACACCUUCAGAGAAAUGCUCCGCGUGAAAAGGAGCGUUUCUGCAAGCUACAGUCAGACACACUUUAUCCUUCCAGAGUAUUUGAUGCAAAAGGAUCAGGUGCAGACCCUUGAGGAAGCAAAAGAUGUGUUGAAGAAAGCUGGGGUUGCUGAUGAUGAGAUGGCAGCUCUAGAAAGGCAAUUAGUCCCUGCAGCCAACAAUGCUACCACCAAAGAUACUGCUAGGCAUUUGGGAUUUGUGAGUGCAGGUGUGCAAAAUGAUGGUGAGGAGAAGGUUAUUGCAAAUAGCGAGGAGAUUGAGCUGCCAGAGGCAAGUGAUUCUGAAGAUGAUGAGAAGGUUGAGAUAGCACAGAAAGAUGUCCCAAGUGCAGUAUUUGGAGGCUUGGUGCGGAAAAGAGAAGAGACAGAUAAUGAAGUCGAGGCUGAUGGCUCAGCUGCUGCUAAAAGUAAAGAGAAUGGUGAACAUCUAGGUGCGCUGGAGAGAAUUAAAAGAAUGAAGCAGGGUACAUAAAAGUUGGUUUCUAGUACUCCAGUUUCCGUUUAUUAUGGAUGGAAUUUUGUUGUAUCAUAAAGACACCCACAAGAGGGUUUUCUUCCUUACAUUCUGGGGCAUGUAGUUCUUGACUAAUUCUUCACUUGAAUUAGAAGGUAUUUGAGGAUGAAAUGGUGCAUGCCAUUUCAGGGCUCCUGUUAUGCAUAAAAAAGCAGUAUCUCUCUUGUCAGGCGUCGUUGUGAAAAUUAGAAAUAUGAACUAAACCAUUUGUUUUCAUUAUGGAGGACACAACUUUAAUAAGGAAUGCAUUACAAUUGCUUCA